AAUUAAUUAUUUUUGUUUUUCUCUCCACCCUCAACCCCAAGGUAGUGUUUUGAGUCACCGGAAAAAAUUGGACGUUUCACGGCGCCGGCAUUCUUUACAGGUUCCGUCUCCCGAUUCAAAGGUUGGAAGAAGGUCAUUCUUGGACUAUAGAGAAGGAGGGAAAUGGGAGGUGAAGAUAAUGUGAAGCAUCUAGAGGACUGCACUGUUUCCAAUGCAAUGGGCACAUGGUUUUUCUCUGCUGCUGGGGCUUUGCUUGCAAUACCGGUGGGGAUAAAAAGGAAGUCUUUGGCGCCCCUUGUGUUCUAUGGAACGACGGGGACCAUGCUAGAUAUCAUCAUGGGAAUUACCCAAUGCGAGAGGGAGCAUGCUGAACGCCAAAUGAGCCUUCUAGAAGAAGCCCAAAAGUCUGCAAGUCCAGACUUCUUAUCUGAGACUGAAUCUGAAUCUUGAAACUCAAUUCUGUCUUUCUGUGUCGUGUGAAAAUAAUGGUGUUUCUCAUGGAAGUUUUUGCAAUCUUAAUCUUUAUUCUUACGAGGAAGAGAUAUUUGUUAGCUUGAACAAUCUGAUUGCACUUAAUUUUCCAUUUUGACUAAUCUUGAUAUUUCCAA